UAUCAUGGGGAGUUAACGUCAGGCGACCUGAUCUUAGCGUCAGUUUCUUUUUAAAUAGAAUCAGUAAAUUUCUGUUUUUCCAUGUAUCACGUUUAGCCGCUGUAGACGCGCUUGACGUUGGAAGCUAUGCGGCGAAGUAAGAUUGAAGUGGACCGUUACGUUUCCUCAGUUCAGAGCUCCUCUCCCUCACUCAAAGAGAAGCCGGUCAAAGGUUUUUUAUUUGCUAAAUUGUACUUUGAAGCAAAGGAAUAUGAACUUGCUAAAAGGCAUGUGUCAGACUAUCUCAAGGUCCAGGAGAGGGAUCCUAAAGCACACAAAUUCCUUGGACAGCUCUAUGAGAGAGAGGGAGACAUCAACAAGGCAAUUGGAUGUUACAAGCGGUCGGUGGAUUUGAACCCAGCCCAGAGAGACCUAGUGCUGAAAGUGGCAGACUUGCUUGUCAGUAAGGAGGAAUGUGACAGCAGAGCAGAAUUUUGGGUGGAGAAGGCUGCAAAACUGCUGCCAGGAAACCCAGCAGUCUUUAACCUAAAGGAACGUCUGUUGAGUCGUCAGGGUCAGCAAGGUUGGAACCAGUUGUUUGACCUCCUUCAGGCCGAGCUGGCAGCGCGGCCGGCUGAUGCCCACGUGAACGUGAAGUUGGUUCAGCUGUUCUGUCAGGAUGGCCGGCUGGAUGAGGCUGUUAAACACUGCCUGGCUGCUGAGAAAAGGGGCUUGCUGCGCAACAGUCUGGACUGGUACACUGUGGUGGUACGCACACUGCAGGAGUACCUGGCUCAGCCCAGCGUUUUGAGCAAUGAGAAGAUGAGUCGACGCCUCCAGAAAGAGUUGCUGUUGGCUCACUGCGGCCUGCUGAGAAUCACACUGUCUGAAAGCGGUGUGCAGCCAAGUCUGAAUGCACUCAGAGAUUUUGACCAAGCUAUGCAGACACUGAGUAGCGUUGCAGGCCGGCAUGCAGACGAUCUCUGUGAGGUGUUUGUGGAGAUGAGAGGUCACCUCUACCUUCAUGCGGGCACACUGCUGUUGAAGCUUGCUCAGGACCGCCAACAGACCUGGAGGGCUGUCAGUGACCUGGCUGCACUGUGCUACCUACUGGCAUACCAGGUCCCUAGACCAAAGCCAAAAGUGACCAAAAGAGACCAGACAGCCCCACAGCCUCUGGAGCUGUUGGCGAAUGACCGACAGAGUCAGGCUGGCCACAUGUUGUUCAAUCUGAGCACAGAUUCAUCUGCCUUGAUCAGAGAGGUGGUGGAGGCUUUUGGGAAUCAGAUUGGUCAGGAGUCUCUGUUUGAACUCCUGUGGGGCCCACAGGCCUCUGCCGGAUCAUCUUAUAUUGCCAAUGAUGACAUUCGUUCCAUUACUGCCAUGGCUCCAGAGCUCUCUCAACUGGCCAAAUUGGACACUGGCUCCAUCCUGCUCCACAAUGGUGAUUUGCAACAUCUGAGCUGGUUGGGAUUGCAGUGGAGCCUUCUGGACCAAAGACCAUCACUGCGGGAAUGGCUACAGCAGCUCUUUCCUCGGCUUACGCUGGAAACUUCCAAAUUAGACACCAAUGCACCAGAGUCAAUCUGCCUGCUGGACCUGGAGGUGUUUUUAUAUGGUGUGGUGUUCUGUAGCCACUGUCAGCUUCAGGAGACGGCUAAGAUCAGCACUGGAGUGAAUCUGUCACAACAACAGCAGCUCUUUGAGCCUCGUUGCCUCCCUCUUCCUCUCCUCCGCCUCUUGACCACUGAGAGACAGAGGGAGUGGUGGGAUGCCAUCUACAGCCUCAUUCACCAACGAGCAGCUCCUGGCGUAUCAGGCAAGCUGCGGAUGAUUGUGCAGCAUGGGCUGAACACUUUGAGAGCCAGAGAAAAACAUGGGCUUCAACCAGCGCUGGCCAUCCACUGGGCUCAGGGUCUCAGCCAGACGGGGGAUGGCGUGAACUCCUACUAUGACCAGAAGGAGUACAUCGGUCGCAGUGUCCACUAUUGGAAAAUUGUCCUUCCACUGUUGGAGAAGAUCAAAAACAGACGCAAUAUACCAGAACCCCUCGACCCUCUCUUUAUACACUUUCCUUCCAAAGAUAUUCAGAUUUCGUUUGUGAAGGGUUAUGAAGAGGAAGCAAGGAUAGCAUAUGCAGUUCUCCUUGACAUUGAAGGAAGAACAGAGGAGGCUAUUGCUACUUUGGAAACUGUUAAUAACAUGUCAUCCAUCUGGCAUUUAGCUCAGAUCUAUCAGCGGCUGUCAGAAGAGGCCAGCAAUGGUGUUGAGGAGACUCAAGACAGGUGCAUUAUGUUCUUGAGAAAGUUCAGGACCUACCUUUCAAAGAUCUACAGCGCCAAUGCAGAUGACAUUGAAAAGCUCCCUGUGUCCAUGGAGGAAGUUGUGGACCUCCUGAAUGAUGUGAACCAGCAGCUGGGGGAGAGUGGGGAGGCCAUGGAUGAAGAGGAUGGGAAGGAGGAGGGGGGUCUAAGAGGACCACCUCAUUCAAGCCCUGCUCAUCUGGCAGAAACCAGUGCAACCAUAUCUCACAUUAAGUUCUCCACGCCCUCUCCAAAUAAAAGUAUUGUCUCUCCUUCAAAAAGACUGAUUUCUCCCAAGACACCACCUCACUGGAUUGAGGACCAGAAGAGUCUCCUUCAGACAUUGUGUCAGCAAGUAGAAGCCCUCAAGAAUGAGGUUCAUGAUCUGAGACACAACUCAUCAGGAAGUGCAGUUUCCCCUCACCAUAAGAUGUAUGGUGAGACUUAUGGGGCUGAGGGCCUACAGGAGCCUUUUACCCCAGUUCAGCCAUACCAUGGAGCCCCCCUAACAGUUGCCACCACAGGCCCCUCUGUGUACUACAAUCAAUCUCAAGCUUACAACUCUCAGUAUCUCUUGCGCACAGCACCAAAUGUAACCCCCACUAAGACCCCAAUGUAUGGUGUAAACCGUAUGCCACCUCAGCAGCAUAUGUAUGCCUACCAGCAGCCCACACACACACCUCCAUUGCAGACAGCCCCAGCCUGCAUCUACACUCCUCAAGAACAAGUCUUUGGUGCACCUCUGCGGUUUGAAUCUCCAGCAACAAGCCUUCUUUCCCCAUAUGGUGAAGAGUAUUAUGGCCAGAGUGUUACCCAGCAAACAAGUAACCCUACUUUACCUGAACCUGGCUACUUUACCAAGCCACCUGUAGUCCCUGUUCAGCAAGCAAAGAAUAUUGAGGGGAAGUCUGUGGACUUUGGAAAGCUCUCCUUCAGCCAGCAGGCACCUGCUGAAGUCCCCAGAGUACCUAGUUUUGGUUCAGGUGCAGCGGCACAGUCAACACCCUCGCCUGCUUUUAAAUUCAACUCCAACUUUAAGUCCAAUGACGGUGAUUUUACAUUCUCGGCUUCUCAAACUAAGCACAGUGAAAGUUUGCUUGGUCUUCUCACAUCAGACAUUCCCAAUAAAACAGAUGCUGUUCCGGAGAAGCUACCAGCUCAGGAGCAGCCCACCAGCCAAACGGGUAUUUUCACCUUUGGAAACAAAAAUGUUACCAGCUUCUCAGCCACUGGAAGUCUGUUUGGGAAGGUGGAGCAGCCAUUUAAAUUUGGGGACUUGUCCAAGCCAAAGUCUCCAGCAGAGCAGGAACGAGCAGCGGAGAGUGACAAUGACAGCACUCAUGCUGAGGAGGAUGAAGACGGGCCACACUUUGAACCUAUUGUACCUCUUCCUGAUAAAGUAGAUGUGAAAACAGGUGAGGAAGAAGAGGAAGAAAUUUUCUGCACCAGGGCAAAGUUGUAUCGAUUUGACACAGAGACUAAAGAGUGGAAGGAACGGGGCAUUGGCAAUGUUAAAAUCUUAAAACACAGCACCAAAGGGAAGGUCCGCCUCUUAAUGAGAAGGGAACAGGUCCUUAAGAUCUGUGCAAAUCACUACAUAACACCAGAUAUGUUGCUGAAACCAAAUGCUGGCUCUGAUAAAUCUUGGGUAUGGAAUGCAAUUGAUUAUGCAGAUGAGGAGCCCAAACCUGAACAGCUGGCCAUUCGCUUCAAAACGGUUGAUGAAGCAGCACUUUUCAAAGCCAAGUUUGAGGAAGCCCAAAAAACUGUACUCGAAUCACCUGAAAAGGUGAAUCAACAGGAGAGGCAGGAAACCUCAAGAGAUUCUGAAUCUAUCGCAGCCCAGUUUGCACCAAAAGAAGGGGAAUGGGAAUGCUCUGUGUGCUGUGUAAGAAAUAAACCCACAGAUAUACGGUGUGUAUCAUGUCAAAGCCCCAAUCUCAGUUCUUCAUCAAAGCUCGACAUUCAGGCUUCUGGGGACUUCAAAUCUAGCCCUUUUACAUUCAAAUUUGGCACUGAUUCGUCAAAGCCAAGUAGUUCUGGCUCCACAUUUACUGGAUUUGGAGGUUUUGGAGCUUCUGUACCCUCUUCAUUUACAUUUGGCUUCAGCUCCUCUCAACCUGCAGACGCUGGAACGAGUGCAUUUGGUUUUGGAUCCGUGCUUGCCAGCAAACCAGUGCACUGGGACUGUGAAUCAUGUUCUACAAGAAAUGAGGCCCAUGUAGAUUGUUGUGUUUCUUGCAAAGUUCUUAAAUCCUCAGCUAAAACAACUUCCACAGCACAGUCUGCACCAGUUGCUGGUGCACAUGCAGCACAGCCCUCUCUGUCUGAUAUUGACUCUGGGUUUGCAGCCCAGUUUAGCAAGAAGCCUGGGCAGUGGGACUGUGAUGUAUGUGACGUAAGAAAUGAAGCAUCUGCCAGUAAAUGUGUCGCCUGUGGAAGCCCAAACCCAGCUGCUAAACCAACAGAGGGGGCUCCAUUAACGUCAAAUCUUCCAGCAGUGUCGGUACCGCAGGCUGAUUUUGCAAAGAAAGAUGGGCAGUGGGACUGUAGUGCUUGUCUGGUCAGAAAUGAUGCAUCAGCUGCUGAAUGUGUUUCCUGCAAAGCUCCAAAUGAGAACGCCUCUUUAGCAGCUAGGUUUGGUAAGAAGGAUGGAGAAUGGGACUGUGACACUUGUCUGGUGAGAAAUGAAGCCUCUGCCGAUAAAUGUGUUUCCUGUCAGACCCCAAAUCCUAAUGCUAAAAGCACAAGCAACACUGCUUCCUCAUCUUCCCCCUUCAAAUUUACCUUUGGAACAAAGAGUUCAUCAAGUCAGCCUGCUGGAACUGGAUUUACAAUUCCUUUUGUAAGUGGGGGCACUUUUCAGUUUGGUCAAAGUAAAGAGAAAAGCUCAGCUGCUUCUUUCAAAUUUGAAGCUCCUCAGACUGAAUCUAGUACAAUCAGUUCUUCAAGCUUCUCUUUUUCAAUGCCCAUUGGAUCUGGUGGAUUCAAGUUUGGAGUUCAGGACCCUCCAAAAGAAUCCCCUUCAACUGAUAAUCAAACUCAAUCUGGUUCUGCCUCCAGUAUUCUCAAAAGUAUAGCUGACAAGCACAAAGAGAAAGAAAUGGUUUCAGUACCUUCAGAAGGCCAAACGGAGGAAGAACAAAAUCCGUUAAUUGCUGGAAAAGCCAAUACAUUCAGUUUUGCAGACUUGGCAAAAUCCACUGGUGGAAACUUUCAGUUUGGCCAGAAAGAUCCCAAAUUCAAAGGUUUCUCUAGGGCAGGUGAGCAAUUGUUCACAUCCUUCCAAGAAACCCCAACCAAGACAGAAGCCUCAAAUGAGCUCAUUGAGGACGAUGGCAUGUAUAAAACGGAGGAAAAUGAUGAUAUUCAGUUUGAACCAGUGAUCCAGAUGCCUGAGAAGGUGGACCUGGUAACAGGGGAAGAGGAUGAACAGGUUCUUUACUCUCAACGUGUCAAACUGUUCAGAUUUGACUUGAGUACCAGUCAGUGGAAAGAACGUGGUGUGGGGAAUCUCAAGUUCCUGAAAAACAAUACAAAUGGUCGGCUAAGGGUACUGAUGAGAAGGGACCAAGUUCUGAAGGUUUGUGCCAACCACUGGAUCACCACCACCAUGAACCUUAAACCCCUUGCAGGCUCAGACAAAGCCUGGAUUUGGAUGGCCAAUGACUUCUCUGAUGGAGAUGCUAAACUUGAACAGUUGGCUGCCAAGUUUAAAAGCCCCGAGCUUGCUCAGGAGUUUAAGGAAAAGUUUGAAGAGUGUCAGAGACUUCUCUUGGACAUUCCUCUACAAACCCCACACAAGCUGGUUGACACAGGCAGAACAGCACACCUCAUUCAGAAAGCAGAGGAAAUGAAGUCUGGUUUGAAAGACCUGAAAUCAUUUUUGACAGAUGAGAAAACAAAGAUCAAAGACGAUGACGCACAGGGAGACAUUACAACAGCCAAUGAUGUUUCAAGCCUUAUCAAACCUCAAGGUGACACCACUGGCCCUACCUUGGAGUGGGACAACUAUGACCUCAGAGAAGAGGCUUUAGAUGACACAGCAGACUCAUCAGUAUAUGCCUCACCUCUUGCCAGCAGCCCCCUGAGAAAGAACCUAUUCCGCUUUGGGGAAUCCACUAGUGGGUUCAGCUUCAGCUUCCAACCUGGCAUCAGCCCCUCAAAGUCUCCUGCUAAGCUCAACCAGAGCAGAGCUUCAGUGGGUACGGAUGAUGAACAGGAUGUCACCCAGGAUGACGAACGGGAUGGCCAAUACUUUGAACCUGUGGUCCCCUUGCCAGAUUUGGUGGACAUUUCUACAGGAGAAGAAAAUGAACAGGUGGUCUUUAGUCACAGAGCUAAACUUUAUCGCUAUGAUAAAGAGUCUAAACAGUGGAAGGAGAGAGGAAUUGGAGAUCUCAAGAUCUUGCAGAAUUAUGACAACAAACGAGUGAGGUUGAUAAUGAGGAGGGAUCAGGUGCUGAAGAUCUGUGCCAAUCAGUGGAUCAAUGCAUUUAUGAAGCUGGAACCUAUGAAAGGUGCAGAGAAGGCCUGGGUCUGGAGUGCUUUGGACUUUGCUGAAGAAGGAGAGGGCAGGAUUGAGCAGCUGGCUGUGAGAUUCAAGCUACAGGAAACUGCAAAUGCAUUCAAACAGGUCUUUGAGGAGGCCAAGGUUUCACAAGAAAAAGAACAACUCAUGACUCCAGUGACAUCUAGAGUGGUUGCACCACAAGACAGUGGAACAACAGGAUCUGCAACAAUUGCUCCUGCUGUAUGUGGGAAGGCAGCCAUUGCUGUUUUUGAAGAGACAACUAAGGAACGUACUGAGCUUUCUCCAGACACUAGGCCAAGUGCAGCUGGGUCACAGAGUCCUGUCAAUCCCACAAAGACCGUGGUGUCUCCCCCAAAGUUUGUUUUUGGCAGUGACAGCCUUCAGAAGAUUUUUGGCACUCCUAAAUCUCACUCUGAAAAUGAGCAGUCAGCAUCUGGUUUGAAAGCCAAAGAUCCUGGAUAUCCUGCCAAGACUUCACUUCCAGCUCCUGCAUUCAAAAUCCCAGAAAAGGGAUCCCCUCAGACAGAGGGAAGCAGUGGUAGGUCGGAUGAGGAAUCAGAGUUGGAGGUCGUGUAUGUCAGGGAACCCACAGCUGAGCAGGCAGCUUUGGCCAGGAAGCUCCAACUGCCUCACACCUUCUUCUGCUACAAGAAUGAACCGGGCUACAUCAGCAGCGAUGAAACUGAUGAUGAGGACUACGAAUCAGCAGUGAAGGCCUUAAAUGGAAAACUCUACCCUGAUCCUCCUGAGUACAAGGCUGCAGCUUGUGGUGAUGAGUCAGACUGUCAGGUGGUGUGGGAGAAGAAGCCGACACCAGAGGAGGAGGAAAAGGCCAAAAGCCUCCAGCUUCCAGCCACCUUCUUCUGUGGCCUGAGCACCACAGACAGUGACCCGGACCAGGAUAAGCCUGAGGACUUUGAGACAGAAGUCCGCAAAGCACACGAAGUCCUGGUUGCUCAGUUCAACCAAGCUGAAGUAGCCUCCAGCAAUCCUGCUGUUGCCCCAGAAGAGCCAGCCCCAGGCCCAUCAUCCAGCAAUGUAGAGGCUGCAAGCAACACAUCUACAGCAGACAACCAGACCUCAGACCAGCCAACCAAGGCUCAAAGUGAAAUUCCCAGCAGCUCUCCCAUUGACCUGUCAACUAGGAAGAGUGCAGAGCUGGAGACUGAACCAGCAGCUUUGAUUGCUACAACAAGAAGUCAAGACUCCAGCACCUUUGGGUUCAACACAUCUGGCUUUUCUUUUGCUGAGCUGGCCAAAAACACAGACGGAUUUGCAUUUGGAACCAAAGAUGCUAAUUUCUCAUGGGCAAACGCUGGAGCUGUAGUAUUUGGGCCUGCAGUGACCUCUGAGCCUAAAACCAAUGCUGACGAAGAGGGAAGUGAUGAAGAAGAAGCUCCUAAAAAUGUGGAAAUUCACUUUGAGCCAAUAGUAUCAUUACCUGAGGUGGAGACAAAGUCUGGAGAGGAGGACGAGGAGAUCCUGUUCAAGGAGCGCACCAAACUGUACCGAUGGGACCGGGAUAGCAGCCAGUGGAAGGAGCGUGGCAUCGGUGACAUCAAGAUCCUCUUUCACCCCACCAAACGUUUCUACCGAAUCCUGAUGAGAAGAGACCAGGUGCUGCGGGUUUGUGCCAACCACACCAUCUCACAGACUAUGGAGCUCAAACCCCUGAACGCCUCAGCAAAUUCACUGGUCUGGACUGCCACAGAUUACUCAGAUAGCGAAGGUGUGGUGGAGCAGCUGGCGGCCAAGUUCAAAACCCCUGAGAUAGCUGAAUCCUUCAAAAAGACCUUCUGCGAAUGUCAGCGCCGUAUCUGCCAAACUGAUGGCGAUGCCUCGUCAAUGCUCUCGCCUCCGAUGUCCAGAAUUCAGGAGCACUCCAGAGACACUAACCCACAGGUGUUCCUCAAAGUGACAGCUGAUGGCCAACAUCUGGGCACAAUCAAUAUAGAGCUGUUCUCGCAUAUUGUACCCAAAACUGCAGAGAACUUCAGAGCACUGUGCACUGGCGAGAAAGGAUUUGGGCUGCGGGACUCCAUCUUCCACAGGAUCAUACCGGAUUUCAUGUGUCAGGGUGGUGACAUCACCAAGAGUGACGGCACAGGAGGAAAGUCCAUCUACGGAGACAGGUUUGAGGACGAGAACUUUGAUGUACGGCACACGGGCCCGGGCAUCCUGUCAAUGGCAAAUCGUGGGCGCGACACCAACAACUCGCAGUUCUUCAUCACCCUGAAGAAAGCUGAACACCUGGACUUCAAACAUGUGGCUUUUGGCUGGGUUCGGGAUGGCAUGGAUGUGGUCCAGCAGAUGGGAGAACUGGGCUCAAAGGGAGGCAAUCCCACAAAGAAGAUUGUCAUCACAGACUGUGGACAGCUGUAGCUUUUUAAAUGUUAAGAUUGAGAUUUUACAGCUUGGUUUAGGUUAUUAAGUUAAGAUCAGCUGAGACUCUGGAUGAGAGCAGUGUGUACCCUGUGCAGUGCUUACAUUCCUGCUAAAACUGAAUCCUUAGUCAUGAGGCACAGAUCACGGGACUACUGGGUAAAGAUUCAUUGCAGAAACUUGUCCCCAGAAGCCUCAAGUUAGAGUCUUUCACUAUUCUGUGUUCACAAAAGUUGUAAACUUUUGCACUUGCAUCUUUAUCAUCUGUCAAUAAAUUCUCAUUAUUUUGUGUGUAUAAAUGUAUAUGAACUACUUUUUUAAUGUUUGUUUUCCUCCUUUUGUCUUGCAUGUGCUCAGCUUGAAUGUGCUGGUUCUCUUCAUGAGUUCCACUCUUGUAUUUUAUUAUUAUUAUUUUUUUCCCCUUUUUGAAGAAGUCUUAAUGCACCAUUCCCCUGCCUUUUCCUCCAACUUUAGUGCACCCCCAGUUUUUUUUUUUUUUUUUUUUGUUUUUUGUUUUUUCUGUUUAGAUGGAUUUCACAAUGCAGGUCACUGGACUUCAUCUCACCCUGUGGUGGCUGGAUAUUACAUCUGGUUUGAAUUUUACAGAGGGGCUCCAUUUCAUGUAUAGUUUAAGAUAAGAGCUACAAUGGUGCUGCUUGUACCAAAAUAAUAUGCUGAUAAAGAACAAUAAAGUCGCUUUACAAUUAA